AUUGUGACGAGGAGCUCACAGCAGAGCGAAAAGUGUUUUUUACUCCAUAACAUCGCCGACAGCGAUAGUCACGCAAUUUUUCGCUGUCCUCUUGUCAGCUCACUUGUGUGUCAUCGUUCAUCUUGUCGAGAGGAUACUCUGUGUGUGUCUAUCGGUAUCGGUCACGCGGCAGUUCCGUAAUUUGGUCGACCACCAGCAGCAGCAAAGGAACGCAGGACAGCAGUAGCAGCUUAUCCUUUCAGCGGAAAUAGGCGUUUGUACGGAUCAGGGAGCAGCAGCAAUAGGAUUGCAAUAAUUGCUGUAAGACGUUGGAGGACAAAAUGUCUAUAAAUCGUACACUGUCGCCACAGCAGGCCAACAAGGAACAUGUCCUGGCCAUAUCCAGAGAUUUUAUUUCGCAGCCCCGACUGACUUACAAGACCGUGUCGGGUGUGAACGGUCCGCUCGUUAUUCUGGAUGACGUGAAAUUCCCCAAAUUCGCCGAAAUCGUUCAGCUGAGGCUGAGCGAUGGUACCAUCCGCUCCGGACAGGUGCUGGAAGUGAGCGGUUCCAAGGCCGUCGUCCAGGUGUUCGAAGGUACCUCCGGUAUCGACGCCAAGAACACGGUGUGCGAGUUCACCGGAGACAUCCUGCGUACUCCCGUGUCGGAGGAUAUGUUGGGCCGUGUGUUUAACGGUUCCGGCAAACCCAUCGACAAGGGUCCCCCAAUUCUGGCGGAGGAUUUCUUGGACAUUCAGGGUCAACCAAUCAACCCGUGGUCCCGUAUCUAUCCGGAGGAAAUGAUCCAGACGGGUAUUUCCGCCAUCGAUGUGAUGAACUCGAUUGCCCGUGGACAGAAGAUUCCCAUCUUCUCGGCUGCCGGUUUGCCUCACAAUGAAAUUGCUGCCCAAAUUUGUCGCCAAGCUGGCCUGGUAAAGCACACCGGCAAAUCGGUACUCGACGAGCAUGAGGAUAACUUUGCCAUUGUGUUCGCUGCUAUGGGUGUUAACAUGGAAACUGCUCGCUUCUUCAAGCAGGACUUCGAAGAGAAUGGCUCCAUGGAGAAUGUGUGUCUGUUCUUGAACUUGGCUAACGAUCCCACCAUUGAACGUAUCAUUACUCCACGUCUGGCCUUGACCGCCGCCGAGUUCUUGGCCUACCAGUGCGAGAAGCACGUGUUGGUCAUCUUAACUGAUAUGUCUUCCUACGCUGAGGCUUUGCGUGAGGUGUCCGCUGCCCGUGAGGAAGUGCCCGGUCGUCGUGGUUUCCCAGGUUAUAUGUACACGGAUUUGGCCACCAUCUACGAACGUGCUGGACGUGUCGAAGGUCGUAACGGCUCGAUUACCCAGAUUCCAAUUCUGACUAUGCCCAACGAUGAUAUUACCCAUCCGAUUCCCGAUUUGACCGGUUAUAUUACCGAGGGACAAAUCUACGUCGAUCGUCAGCUGCACAACAGACAGAUCUAUCCACCGGUCAACGUACUUCCGUCGCUGUCUCGUCUUAUGAAGUCUGCCAUUGGCGAGGGUAUGACGCGUAAGGAUCAUUCCGAUGUCUCCAAUCAGCUGUACGCCUGCUACGCCAUUGGUAAGGAUGUACAGGCCAUGAAGGCUGUCGUGGGUGAGGAAGCUUUGACUCCUGACGAUUUGCUGUAUCUGGAGUUUUUGUCCAAGUUCGAGAAGAACUUCAUCUCGCAAGGUAACUACGAAAAUCGUACCGUGUUCGAAUCGCUUGACAUCGGCUGGCAACUGCUGCGUAUCUUCCCCAAGGAAAUGCUCAAGCGUAUUCCAGCUUCCAUCCUGGCAGAAUUUUACCCAAGAGACUCGCGUCAUUAAGCAGCUGCUCACGCCCCAAAAUUUCACUCCCCCAAAAACUACUUUGGUCUGUUUCCUUAUUACUUUUCGUUAUUUGUUAUAGUAUUCUACCGGAAUUCUAUUCGAGUUCACUUCCCAUUACAGUGCUUCUGUUUACUUAUUUUUCGUUAUAAAAUAUUCAACCGUUAUUAUGUGUAACAUUGUGGUUUUGCGAAUAAGAACAACAAAUUCGGCACAGCCGGCGAUCAAUUCAACUUAUCAAGUCCGAUCCAGAGGGACAUUCUCUUGAAUAUGUGUGUGUGCUCGUAAUUCGAUUUGUCAUUUCGCUACUUAUUAUCGAUCGCUGUGUCAAUGAAGCAUUCCUGAAAUCGUCGUACUACUCUAUAUGUUAACCUUGAACAAUUGUGCAAAUCCAGAUGAAGAAAGACCCAGGAUUUAAAAGCGUUAAUCAUAUGCUACACAAAAAAAUCAAUACACACAGAACUGUGCGAUAAUCUUUCCCUCGAGCGAUCUUGUUCCAAUGCUCAAUGGGCGCGGACGUUUGGCAGUGAGGGCGGUGCCAAUCGCGUGGAACAGAAUCAAUUUCAUAAUAAAACCAACAAGGAACAAACGAUAACAACAACGAAAACAUACGCAAAAUCCAUCUAGUAAUUGUGCGGAUCGAGAAAAACCCCGAAAUUGAUUCCAGAGAAAAUUUUCAGCAUCAAAUCUUCUUGGUCAGUUUCUUGACGCACGCGGACUCGAAAUGAGAUCAGUUACCAAAAGCCAAGAGUUCGUGGGAUUGACAUCUAUCGACCCAUAGCGUUUACUUGCCCGAGUCUGUUGGACCGAAGGUCGUUUUCGAUCAUGGAAAGCUAUCGUAACAUUCUAUCGUUUUCUUCUAUUGUAAGGUAAAAUAAUCAACAGUGAAGUAACUAUAUAAUUUUCCAAUCUAAAUAUGUGCUCUUGUAUUAAAUUUUAAACGAUAUAAUCGAGGAAGAGGAUCAACUAGGUAAACGACGCGAGUAUUAGUGUUAAAUAAAUCAAAUCAAGUCGCACGAAAAUACGCAAUCACUUAUUUAGUUGUUUCGUUAAGUGCUGAAACAUUUAUAUUUGAACAUUGUUAAUAUAGUUUUAUUACCUAGUGUCUAAGUCUAAGCGUUUCCUUUUUUACAUAUUCUUAUCGGUUUUGUAGCGGAUGUCAUACCUGAAGAGUCUGCCUGCUGUCUUUAAGGCGGUGCUAUUUGAUUUGUUUUCCACGGAAAGAUUUUUCACUCGCAAGAAGAUCUAAAGUUCGCCUGAAACGGCAGAAUCCCCUUUGACCGUGUUUGGCUUGUCAGCCCUAGAGUGUUCAAAUAACAUCCAAGAACAUAUAUCAAUCUCCGUUUGAGUGAACUUUGCGGAAAGAAAUCUUCCACUUGGAAGAAGCGGGUAGCAGAAAAAUACCAUCCCGCCAAAGGCAAUGGAGCAGACCAAGGGGAAGAUUUCCGCAUUAUAAUAGUUAUCAUGUAAAGUACUGUUCAGCAGGGAGAGAUACACAAUAUAACAAACGUUACGCGACGUCACAAUUUAUUGCUGCUGAGGAACAUAAAUCAAUUACUGCAUCUGACAUCUGUAUUGGUGAAGACAACAUGUGUAGCACGAGUAGAAACAAAGAAGAUGUUUAACAAUAGAACAGUAAUCGGCGGGAAAAAAGCAGAAAAAAGAAUAUACUAUAAUACUAUAAUUGUUGGAGAAAAUAAAAUUAUUCACUGUAUACACUAUAAUAAUAGAAGAGAAAACAAUAAAAAAAAACGAAUAAAAGCGGACAAAAACUUAA